AUGACCAAUGAGAGCUUCCCAGUGGGCUUCAUCCUUCUUGGAUUCUCUGAAUGGCCCCAGGUAGAGUCAGUUCUCUUCUGGAUUGUGAUCAUGCUGUACCUCGUGACUAUCCUGGGCAACUCAACCAUCAUCUUGCUCUCAUGCAUGGACCCUCGUCUCUACACCCCCAUGUACUUCUUUCUUAGCAAUCUUUCCUUUUUGGAUCUCUGCUUGGCCACAGCCUGUGUUCCCCAGAUGCUGUCAAACCUGUGGGGGCCAGACAAGAGCAUCACCUAUGCAGGCUGUGUCAUGCAGCUCUGUGUGUUCCUCUGUGUUGGUGCUACAGAGUGCAUCUUGCUGGUGGCCAUGGCCUUUGACCGCUACAUUGCUGUGUGUCAGCCUCUGCGCUAUACUACCAUUGUGCACCGUCCACUCUGUUGGAAGCUGGCACUCAUGGCCUGGAUGUCAGGUCUGACAGAGUCACUUAUCUUAUCUCCUGUUACACUCCAGCUGCCCUUCUGCCCCCAUCACCGCCUGGAUGACUUCCUGUGUGAGAUUCCUGUGCUCAUACGCCUGGCCUGUGGUGACACCUCGAUCAAUGAGUGGCAGUUGACCAUCUCUGCUGUCAUCUUCACCAUGGUGCCUGUGGGGUUGAUCCUGACUUCUUAUGGCCGUAUAGCUCAAGCAGUGGGGAAAAUGAAGUCAGAGGAGGGGAGGCAGAAAGUCAUUGCCACCUGCUCCUCCCACCUCCUUGUGGUCUUCAUGUUUUAUGGGACAGUGGCAAUGGUGUACACAGACCCUAAGACCAACUUCUCUUCCAAAUAUGGCAAGUUCUUCACCUUCUUCUACACUGUGGUCACACCCAUGCUGAACCCUCUCAUCUAUACCCUGAGGAACAAAGAGGUGAAGGAUGCUCUUCAAAGGAUGCUGAGAAAGGGGAUCUGCUUAAAGAAAUACUGA